UGUGACCAGGUUGUCGGAAGUAAUACGCCAUGUUUAUCUGAAUCACCGAAUAAGCUUUCGAACUGAAAUAUAAUUCGUCAACAAGGCCAAUAUUUAGCUGUUUAUCGUAAAAUACACAAAUGGCCGGAGGUACCCUUCAGAAAGCAAUUGACCUUGUUACUAAGGCAACCGAAGAGGACAAGAACAAAAACUACGAGGAGGCUCUACGUCUGUAUGAACAUGGAGUAGAAUACUUCCUGCAUGCCAUCAAAUAUGAGGCUCAGAGUGACAAAGCUAAGGAGAGUAUUCGAGGAAAAUGCAUCCAGUACCUGGAAAGGGCAGAGAAGCUCAAGCAGUAUGUCAACAAGAAGAACAAGAAGAAGCCAGUGAUGGAUGGCGAGAGCUCUUCUGGUGGGAAGAAGUCUGGAGAAUCUAAGAACAAUGAUGAUUCAAGUGAUGAAGACUCAGACAAAGACCCGGAAAAGAAAAAAUUCCAGACUCAGCUGACAGGAGCUAUUGUAAUGGAGAAGCCGAAUAUCAGGUGGGAGGAUGUAGCUGGUCUUGAGGGAGCCAAGGAAGCCUUAAAAGAAGCUGUUAUUCUGCCUGUCAAGUUCCCACAUUUGUUCACAGGGAACAGAAAACCCUGGCGAGGAAUUCUUCUUUUUGGGCCCCCAGGAACCGGCAAAUCCUUCUUAGCCAAGGCCGUUGCUACGGAGGCCAACAACUCCACCUUCUUCUCUGUGUCAUCUUCAGAUCUUGUCUCCAAAUGGCUGGGAGAGAGUGAAAAAUUAGUGAAGACACUGUUUGAACUUGCACGAGAGAACAAACCAAGCAUCAUCUUCAUUGAUGAAGUAGAUGCCCUUUGUGGCUCUCGUAGUGAGAAUGAGUCAGAGUCAGCCCGGAGAAUCAAAACAGAGUUUCUAGUCCAGAUGCAGGGAGUCGGGAAUGACAAUGACAAUGUUCUCGUCCUUGGAGCAACAAAUAUCCCAUGGAGUCUUGACUCAGCUAUCAGGAGAAGAUUUGAGAAGAGAAUCUAUAUCCCCCUCCCUGAGGCUCCAGCCAGGACUGAGAUGUUCAAACUGCAUCUUGGCACCACACCACACCAGCUGAAUGAUGAAGACUUCAGAGAACUGGGGAUGAAGACAGAUGGGUUCUCUGGUGCUGAUAUCAGUAUUGUCGUCCGAGAUGCCCUCAUGCAGCCUGUGAGGAAAGUACAGACAGCUACUCAUUUCAGAAGAGUGCGUGGUCCGUCCCGAUCUGAUCCUAGUGUGAUACAUGAUGACCUCCUAACUCCCUGCUCACCUGGCGCUCCCGGUGCUAUGGAGAUGAGCUGGACUAGUGUAGAUGGAGACAAGCUACUAGAACCCAUAGUAUCAAAGACUGAUAUGCUGAUGUCCUUAGCAACGUCCAAACCCACAGUUAAUGAAGAUGACUUGAAGAAGUUGGUUAAGUUUACAGAAGAUUUUGGACAGGAAGGAUAGAGUACAGCACCAAGUGUACAUUAUUCACUGUUACCAUGGUUACUUAUUUGUGUAAUUUAUGUCAUGUAUAUGUUGGUAAGUGCUGUGUUUAUCAAGUGAGGCUUCAAAUAUAUCCUGUAAAACCCCACCAGAUGACAAUCUGCAAUAACUGGUUAAAAUGUUUGGUUAAGUUGUGAGUGUUGUCAAAGUGGUAAUUUGAUUUGUAACAUUUUACAUGUUGGAUCAGUUUUACUUUUGAACACCACUAAUGCUUAUUUUCAAACAAGGACUUAAAUAGAAUUCUGAAUAAAGGUACGAUGCCAUUCAACUUCCCACAACUUUGAUCCUGUUGGUGUGAAGUCAAGUUCUAUCAAUUCCCACAUGAUUGCUCAUGAACUAUAGAAAAUACAACACCUAAUGACAAUGGUUCACAGUAUGCUAAUGAACAAAGAUUUGUUGGUUUGUGAGGUAUGGACUGAAAACUGCUGGUGGUAUCCUUAAGCUGCUGUGUUCAGGACCACACUACUACACAUAAACACCAUGACAAUACUUUCUAGGAACUUCAUAAAAUUGAAGAGUGUCACAUUUCAUAUAUUCUUUAGGUAUGCUGAAACCCCCAAACUGCAUGUUGCAGUUAUCCAAUAUUAUGAGACCACAUGAGCUGUCCAAGGUAUAACCUAGUCCCCAAAUUCUUCAUGAAGUUGGGCCCAGCCUCCCAGAAAAUGCAGGUGAAAACAGUUCAUUUUAUGACACUGUGAAUGAGAUGUUAUGUGAGAUGUCUCUGAGUACCUAUAUGCUGAUGGCAUAGACAGGAUUGGCAAUGAUGACCCUCCAUUCACCUGUGAAUGCAUCAUUUAGAGAAAAUGAGGAUGUAUAUAGUUAGCUGCGUGUGUCAUUCAUUGCCAGUAGCAUCACCAAACUCUGUCAGGAACUUAUUGACAGAUGAUCAAGCGGUGUAUUUACCCAUAUAGUGAACUUGUGAAUGUUUAUUAUGUCACUGUGAUAAUUACUACUUUGUACAGUACACAUUCAUCCUACUUAUCAUCUUGAAUUGCGAGCAAAUUCUUUGCUGUACACUAGUGGAUAACAUAGGAAACUGGAAAUAAAUCAUGUAGCUGCAAUAUUUGUAUUGCAAUGUUUGUGUGCUGGUCAUCAUUUUUAUCCUACGUCAGUUGUAGAAAUUGCUGUGUUCUUAUUGAAACUUUGUCAAUUGUUUACAGUCAGUCAUAGAUGCUUUAAUAUUUUGUUAACAUAUAUUUGGUAGCGUUAUUAACAAAAUAUUUGUCAUAUUUGUUGGAAUGUUUUGUUUUCACUGAGGUUUUGGAAGACAUGAGUCAAGUCAUACAGUUCAGUUCAGUUUCAUAAUAUUUUUGAAGAUGAGCAUGCUGAUAGGAGGCGUGACAACUUCGAAGCAAGAUAUUACAAUAUAGUAACUGAGUACUAGGAUUAUUGAAGAAAUGAACAGUACACAUAAAACAACCAUGUAACAUUAUGUUCCAAUUGACAUUUUCUCCUGUAAACAUGGUAAAUUUGAAAAGGGAAUGCAUAGGUAUGACUUUGUUAAAUGAUGAUUUACAUUUCAUACUUUCUGUUGUGUAUUUUACACUUGUCUUUGAUACAACAAAUAUAGUACUUUACAAUACCUAAAAUGAAGAGGUGUUUUGAAAAAAGGAGGCUGUCAUGUGUUAAAAAAACACUCUUAAGCUUGUUUGACAAUUCUUAUGCAUUUCUACUUCUUGAAAUAUAACUUGGAGGAAAUCUUGGUACUAUAUCUUGUUUUGCAUGUGUUAGAAUGCUAAUGCGUGUAUGUGUUGUAAAUAUCUUUUAAUAUUUUUAUUUGACAGCUUGUAUUAUAGUUAAUCUCACCUACCGUAGCUCAACCAUCAACAGAAGACUGGAUAUCACUAGUACAUUGUGAUGAUGUAAAUGGAGAAUAGUGCCAGUGGUUAUUGUAACUUACCACAGCUAUACCAGUGACAGGAUGUAGGAGUAUAAAUUCAUUAGAAAAGUAACAGAUGAGUGAGGGAAAUGUUUGCAGUGCAUCGUAUGACUAGGAAUGGUGGGUAGCCUGGUUGUUAAAGCAUUAGCUUGUCACUCUCAACACUUUGGUUCAUUUAAGAAGUGACUUCAAUAUUUACAUUUAUGCCUCCAUAAACGCAGAAACAGAUAAAUAAGUCAACAAUGAUAAUUUCACUGACUGUUUAUUUGAUAAUGAACACUAAAAACUGUAGACAACAAUAUAAAAUCAGGGAAAUUAUUCAGCGCAGUAAUGCAUCCCAAGCCAUAACUACUUUUUUUUCAGCCAAUCAGGAAACAGUUGUCUAGUAGUGGGCCUGGUCUAUUUUUAGGUUUAUGUAAACAAAUGUAAACAAAAUUGCUUGGUAAGCCAUUUAACUUAUUUAUUUCCCUACAUGUACAACAUGUCAAGGCCAGGCAUCACAACAUGGCUGUAAUAUUGCUGAAAGAGGUAUUACUCAUGGUAGAACCUUCUUUCUGAAUCUCAGUGUGACUAUUACAAACUUUAGAAAUCAGCCACAGAUAUCUGAAUCUUGAUACCGUCUGAAUAUUGAAAAUAGUUUCUAUUUGUCUCAAUACUGAAACUUCAAUCAUGUGACUGAUAGGUUAUCAGUAAUAUCUUUGGAAAACACUCAUGAACUUUUGAACUUGACUCUGUACUUUCAGUUAGAGAUGCAUUUUUUCUAAGAAUUAAGUCCUUGAUUUAAAAGUAGUUUCUGAUCUGGUUCUAUUUGUAUGAUAAUGUCGAUGCGUGGUAAUUUGAAGGGCACAUGUUGUCCGAAGUUUUGAGAUAUAUGAGUGACAACAAGCUGUGAUGUAAACCGUUGUUUUUACUCCAUCUAAACACAGAAGGAGUGGUGUAGUUCAGUGCUCAUGCUGAACAGGUUAGAUUUCUAAAAGGGUACACUGAGUAAUGCAGAUCCCUGGUGUCCCUGAAUUAACACUAAAUGUGGUGCAAACCCAAAUUAACUAACUCACGACAUCAGUGACCAACAGCCAACAUUUGAAAGGAAACCUAUGAUUAAUGGCAUUUCAUCUUAAAAUAUUUGUCAUGUUUGCAAGCAGAUGUACAACAAUGGCCUUUUUACUAGUAUUGCCCUUAGUUUGAAAAAUUAUUUUGUGGAUUGUUUUCAAAUGGUCACAGAUUCUUUUUGACAAGGUAUACUGUGCCCUUCUGUCAUUUAUAUAGGCAAUAAAGUUAAUUAAUGGUUACCUAUAUUUCUGAGAGUUAAAGGCAACAGUUGGAAUGGUCUGGUGCAAGUGUAUUAUGUAACUGUAAUAUAAUUGUACAUAGGAUGCAGAGUUGUGUGGUAGAUGAGUUAGCAUGCCUAGGGCAACACCCAGGGCAUGUGAUGAAGCUGUUGUUUGUGAUUAGAAGCUGACAUCCAUUGACUGAUGUAACAUAGAACACACCGUAACAAGCCCGGAGACUGAAGACACUGAAGCUUGGUUAGUAACCAUGGUAAAAUAUUUCAUGUCAUUGCCAGUCACAGGUGCAUUUUCUCAAACCGAAAACCCUAAAGGUUUGUAUGCAUGGUUAAUUAUUUCAGACAAAUUCAUAUUCUUCAUUAGUAGUGUGUAAUCUCCACAUCAAUAUGGACAUAGCAGCCAGAAUGAAUAUUGCCAUGGCAAGCCAAUACAGAGUGCUCACUGUAAUAUUACAAAGUUGAAGACUUUGUUUUUAGUUGUUUUCAGGUAAGGCUUUUGUAAAUAGCAAUAUGAUGAGGACCUGUGUAGAUGCAGCCUAUCAAUUGAUUGUAAAUUUGCCUAGAUCGGAUGCUUGUCAUUGUUGUAAAAUAUAUUUCUAAAACUUUCAUCUUGUAAUAAAACUCCAUUCAGUCAA